AACACAAAUCAACCUCAAUUCGUACGAAUACAAAAUAGUUAUAAUAUCCAAUCAACAGAAAAUCCCACAUAUACUGUUAUCACACCACAAAGUAGUAGUGGCAACAGCAAUAGCAAUAUGCAACAAAGGCAACAACAGCAGCAACAACAACAUAAUAACAACACAAAUAUCACCACAAUAAAAUAUGAACCAGUUGAAGAAUUUACAACACACACGACUGUUGUAAAGGAAGAGGAACGCUAUAAAUACAAACCACAAAUUCUAACGAACACAGCGAAAACCACAGCUUCAAAAUCAAAAAUACAACAACAACAACACAAUACCAGCCAUCAAAAUGUCUCCUCCUCAGCCGCCUCGGUAGCAGCAGUACAAAGAAAACGUAAACCGGAGAAGGCGGGUAAAGGUUUACGUCAUUUUUCAUUGAAAGUGUGUGAAAAGGUUAAAGUCAAAGGCUCCACCACCUACAAUGAAGUAGCCGAUGAGUUGGUGGCCGAAGAAAUACAAAAUAAUUCCUUUGACAAGAACUGUGAUCAAAAGAAUAUAAGAAGACGUGUUUACGAUGCUUUAAAUGUUUUAAUGGCCUUGCAAAUAAUAUCCAAAGAUAAAAAAGAAAUACGCUGGAUUGGUUUACCCUCAAAUGCAGUGGAGGAAUUUUCUCAACUGGAAAAGGAUAAUCAAGAGCGUCGACUGCGCAUCAAACAAAAAAAUCAACAAUUAAGAGAAUUGCUGCUGCAGCAGGUCUCCUUUAAAAGUCUUAUAGAACGUAAUAAGGAGGCCGAAAGACAGGGCAUUAUACCCACACCAAAUUCAUCUAUACAAUUACCUUUUAUAAUUGUCAACACACACAAGUCAACAAAAAUUAACUGUAGUGUUACCAAUGAUAAGUCCGAGUAUAUUUUUAAAUUUGAUGAUAAAUUUGAAAUGCAUGAUGACGCCGAAGUGCUUAAACGUAUGGGUUUAUUAUUUGGUUUGGACAAGGGCCAAUGUUCGUAUGAAGAUGUUGAACGUGCCAAGUCUUUGGUGCCACCAAAUUUUGAAAAAUAUAUAGAAGGUAAGUGAGAAAUAUUUCCAAAAACUAGCUUUGUAAAAUUCCAUUCUUAAUAAAUUUCUUUAAAUUUGUGAGGUUAUAGGCGAGUUUUCAAGUGACUAUCUAGUCUAUACAAGACUAAAGACUAGACUAUA